AUGAGGAGCCUCCUUGUAGAGAAGAAUUCACAACUCCCGAUCCUGGGCCAACAGCCGCCUCCUCCCCUAGUCAACAUCUCUUCUGUCAAAGGCCUCCUUGACAUCAACCUCCCAAGUCUUCCUAGGCCUUCCCCGAGCGAUAAGUGCUCAAGCCUUCCAAGAUCGGCUUCACAGCAACCAACUGUCCCUGUCAUAAUCCAUACCCCUGAUUUUGCACAGUUGAGAUCCUCUGGAGGUUCGAGGCAGCAGUGGCCCUCCCAGUUGGUCUACCAGCCUAAACUAAACAGUUUAUUGCAUCUAUGCAGAAAUGCAACAGUCUCCCAGCUGCUGAAGGUGAAAAGAAGAGGAGACCGCGAGGACGCCCUGAGGAGAACAGGUGAAAAACUACGUGGUUGCCACGAGGCCCUAAGUAGGUCAGCAGCUGAGUGGAAAGCAAGUGAGACAGUGUGGUUGUCACAAGGCGUUAAGGUUAGGAAAACACGUGGCUGCCACAAGGGGCAUAGAGGUAAGAAAGAUUAA